UACUCCACAUGUGUUCUAAUCUUCAGCUCAAGUGAUUACUAGGACGUUUUUCUCUUCUUGGAACACCAGAGCACAAGACAGUAUACAAAAACGCCCUGAAAACCUCUGCUUCCAACCACAGUGAGAAGCUUGGCAUUCUGAGGACUCAGUCCUUUUUGAGGAAGAAGAGGAUAUGACUAAGUCUCUUGAAACAGUGACAUUUAAGGAUGUGGCUGUGGACCUUACUGAGGAGGAAUGGCAGCAAAUGAAACCUGCGCAGAGGAACUUGUACCGGGAUGUGAUGCUGGAGAACUAUAGCAACCUAGUCACAGUGGGUUAUCAAGUCACCAAACCAGAUGUGAUCUUCAGGUUGGAACAGGAAGAGGAGCCAUGGGUGAUGGAGAAAGAAAUGUGUGGGAGGCAUUGUCCAGAAAUUUGGGACGUUGAUGAACAUAUCAAGAAGCAUCAGGAAACACUUUUAAAGAAAGUCACAUUCAUCUCCGAGAAAACUCUGAUGAUGGAACACAUCACUGAAUGUAAAAAAGUUACAAAACUAUAUCCUCUGAGUUCAGACAUUGUUACUUCAAGACAAAGCUUCUGUGAAUGUGACUCACUUGAUAAGGGUUUGGAACAUAAUUUAGACUUACUUAGUUAUGAGAAAGGCUGUAUAAGAGAAAAAAAUUAUGAAUGUAGUAACUAUGGGAAACCUACUCACUGCUCAUCCAGUGUUGUAACCUCCUUUAAGUGUAAUCAGUGUGGACAAGACUUCAGUCAUAAAUUUGACCUCAUCCGACAUGAGAGAAUACAUGCUGGAGAAAAACCCUAUGAAUGCAAAGUAUGUGGAAAAGCCUUCAGCAGGAAGGAAAAUCUUAUUACACAUCAAAAAAUUCAUACUGGGGAAAAACCAUAUAAGUGUAAUGAAUGUGGAAAAGCUUUCAUUCAGAUGUCAAACCUUAUUAGACAUCAGAGGAUUCACACAGGGGAGAAACCUUAUGCAUGUAAGGAUUGCUGGAAAGCCUUCAGUCAGAAAUCAAAUCUCAUUGAACAUGGGAGAAUUCAUACCGGAGAAAAACCCUAUGAAUGUAAGGAAUGUGGGAAAUCUUUCAGCCAGAAACAAAAUCUUAUUGAGCAUGAGAAAAUUCAUACUGGGGAGAAACCUUAUGCAUGUAAUGAAUGUGGUAGAGCUUUUUCUCGAAUGUCAUCUGUUACUUUACACAUGAGAAGUCACACAGGGGAGAAGCCCUAUAAAUGCAACAAAUGUGGGAAAGCCUUCUCCCAAUGCUCAGUAUUUAUUAUACAUAUGAGAAGUCACACAGGCGAGAAACCCUAUGUAUGUAGUGAAUGUGGGAAAGAAUUCUCUCAAAGUUCUUCCCUUACUGUACAUAGGAGAAAUCACACAGCUGAGAAACCAUAUGAAUGUAAUGAAUGUGGAAAAGCCUUCAGUCGGAAAGAAAAUCUCGUUACACAUCAGAAAAUUCAUACCGGAGAGAAACCAUAUGAAUGUAAUGAAUGUGGGAAGGCGUUUAUUCAGAUGUCAAACCUCAUUCGACACCAGAGAAUUCAUACGGGUGAGAAGCCCUAUGCAUGUACUGUAUGUGGGAAAGCCUUUAGUCAGAAGUCCAAUCUCACUGAACAUGAGAAAGUUCAUACUGGAGAGAAGCCCUAUCAUUGUAAUCAGUGUGGAAAAGCUUUCAGUCAGAGACAGAAUCUUCUUGAGCAUGAAAAGAUUCAUACUGGUGAAAAACCAUUUAAAUGUAAUGAAUGUGAUAAAGCCUUCUCUCGCAUUUCAUCCCUUACUCUUCAUGUGAGAAAUCAUACAGGGGAGAAACCGUAUGAAUGUAAUAAAUGUGGAAAAGCCUUCUCUCAAUGCUCAUUACUUAUUAUACAUAUGAGAAGCCAUACUGGCGAGAAACCCUUUGAAUGUAAUGAAUGUGGGAAAGCAUUUUCUCAAAGAGCAUCCCUCUCUAUACAUAAGAGAGGUCACAUAGGUGAGAAAUUCUGAGUAUAAAUGAGGGAAGACCUCUUAAGUUCAACCUAUGCUCUACUUAACUCAUAAAAUAUCUUGGCAUAAAAAAUGAAUAAGAUCUUUAUGGAAGAAUUGUAAAGCUUUACUGAAGGACAUAAGACUUGAAUAAAAGAGAGAGAAAUGCCAUGUGUAUAGAUGGAAAAAUACAUUAUCAUAAAAAUGUCAGUUCUCCUAAAAUUAAUGAAUGGACUUAAUAUAGUUCUAAGUAUCUAACAAGAAUUUUCUAGGAUCUUUACAAAAUUAUUCUAAAAUUUAUGUGAAAUAGAAAUUUAUGGAUUGCUGAGACAAUUUUUAAAAAGAACAGAAGACAUAACUCCUACCAUAUACUACACAUAAAGUUAUGGUCAUUAAAUAGUGUGUGGUAUCAAUGCAUGAAUAGGUAAGUAAACAGAUUUUAAAUAAUAGAGUGCCUAGGAAUAAACCAAUGAAUAUAUGUGAAAUUAGUAUAUAUUAGACAUCAUGAAUCAAUUGGGAAAUGAUGGCUAGUCAAUAGAAAUUAUUGCAGUAUUUGACCCUCCAUAUUGAGGGAAAUAAAAUUACAUACAACCCUGCAACAUAUAAAAAAAACAAUUCCAAAGGAUUUGAACACUGGAAUGAGGAAAGCCAAACUCUGAAAUUCUUGGAAGGAAAUGCAGGAUAUUGUAUAUGACUUUGAGUCAGGGAAGCAUUUUUUAAAAAGCAAAAGGACCCUAUAGUUCUACUUCUGGAUAUACAGUCUAAAAAUAUGCAUAAGAAAUAUACAGAUGCCUGAAUUGAAACAGCCUAAAUUUUGAUGGGGUAACAGAUGAAUAAAAUAUGACAUAUUCAAAUAGUGGAAUAGUAAACAGCAGUUAAAAGCAAUGGACUAGAUCUGUAUUUUGUAACAUGGGUUGUUAUCUAAAACAAUGUUGAGUGAAAAACAUGUCAAGAUCCAUGUUGUAAAUUGGAAUGAAAUCAUUCAUAAAGAACAGAAUUAUAUUGUUAUUAAAAUAUGUUAUGUACCAUAAAAUGAACUAGAAGAAUACCUACCAAAUUACUGUUGUCACUGGCAGGAGAUUAGGAUUAAGGGUAUUGAUUAAAGGGAGCUUUUAGUUUUACUUGUAAUUUCUAUGCCUUAAAAAAAAGACUGAUAGUAUAUAAAAUAAUUCUUAAAAAUUAAUGAUACUCAACGGUAAUAUGAAUGCAUUGUCAUAAUAGUGUUUUUGUAGUUAUUUCUCAAUUUAUGGGCUAAAGGAAGCCCAUAACGGGGAAAAUGUUAUGGUGGAUUCAUAUUUCCUUAUUAGACACUAAACUAUUUUCUAAAAUGUAUUUCCCGAAAAUUAGUAAUUAGAAGUGAUAGUCGGGGACCA